GCGGGGCGUAAGGACGGUUUUUUUGCUCGGGCCCGCAUGGACGCAUCGCCGGGCUUGGUCGGCCCCAUGUCGCUCAAGUUCGCCCAGAACAUGUCAUGGAACGAGCACGUGGAAAAAAUGGCCUUGAACUUCAGCAGAACCGGUGCCGGCGGGGGCCUGGACGACGGCGGGCCCCCGUCCCCGUUCCUGAUGGGCGGCGUGCCUUCCAGUCCCUCGCCCGACGACAAGGGCCGCUCGGCGGGCGUCGGCGGGACCACGGCGGGAGGCGUGGGGCCCCUGCUGCCCACGGCACAGCCCGCCGGUUUCCCCCUGCUGGGUGGCAAGCAGCCCGGCGGCUUCCCCCUGUCCCUGCUGUACGGGCAGCCCUCGUCGUACCUGCUCGUGGGAUCGGCACCCUUCAUGCCGCUGCCUCCGCAAGGGGACCUCUCGCGGGGGCUGCUGUUCCCGCCCCUGCACGCGGGCUUCGACCCCCUCGCCAAGGUACUCCAGGCCGAGCGCAUGGCGUCGUGCCUCGACCUGGCGGCCCGCUCGUACGCCCACCAGCAGGCCGCGGCCGCCCACCAGCGAGCCGGGGCCAACAAGGGCGGCUCGUCGCCCCACGACGUGCGCAACUCGCUGCUGGGCGCCCCGACGUUGCCCUUUCCCCCGGGACUGCACGACCGGUGGCGGUCUCCGCACCACGUGCCGGACCUGCUGUCGUCGGCCGGCGCGGGAGACAACGCGGCGUCUCCGCCGUCGCCCUUCGGGACGGACCGCAGCGGCUCGCCCGCCAAAGGGCUGGACCUCAAGAGGACGGACCACCUGAACGGCCCCCUCGGUUCCCCGAAGUGGACACUGGGCCAAGCGACCAGCUGUCCCGUUUGCGGGAUCACCUUGGCGCAAGCGCAGAUGGCCGACCACUUUCAGCUCGAGAUGGACAAGCUUGCCGACUUCUACAGCUGCCGCCGGUGGGUUGACCGGACACACGAGGACAGCUUGCCACUGCAACCGGAACCACAAUCUGCCUGUCGGACAGCCUACGAGGCCGGCAAGCGAUCGCCCCUGUCUCGGUGGGAGACCUACCUCAAGGUUCGCGGUAAUCGUCACCAGCGACUGAAUGCACUGUGUGGUCGCCGUCGCCGAGCCGAGCUUCCGCUGGACCUACAGUCGGCGGACUGCGGUUCCCCGCCGGGCACGCCGAGGAGUCGAGGUCCACCUCCGCCGCUCAAGGUCGAGCUCUCGGACGCCUCCUACGAGUCAGCCGAGCGUUGCCGAUCGGGAUCUCCAGGAGGAGGAGGCAAGGAUCCCCAGUCGCCGUCGGGAGUUCGGGAUCGAACGGGGAGCGCCGACGGGACCGCCGACUCCCGAGGCGGCGGCGAGCAGUCGUCCACAGGGCGCGACGGGUCCCCUUCGUCGUCGGGCGCGGGAGCCGGUGUCGGGAGCAGUAGCGAAACGCCCUGCACUGAAGAUGGUCAAGCGGCCGAUGAGAGAAGCGCAAGUGCAGACGAGACAGUCAGGUGGAAGUGCGUCAUUUGUUCGGGUCCGUACACAACUCCGCUGGUCUCCGUAUGUUGUUGGCACGUCCACUGCGAACGCUGCUGGCUUCAGACUCUGGGUGCGAAGAGGCUCUGCCCGCAGUGCGACGCGGUCACGUGCCCGUCCGACCUGCGCAAGAUCCACCUCUAGGGGGCGCCACGUACCACGCUUCCGCUUCCCUCUCGUCUCCGACGGGCCGGGCAUCGACGCGUCCACGCGAAGCGCCAUCUCCUUACGUACGCC